AUGGACAUGCACAGUGGCAAGCACGCCAUGCGGACUGUCGAACCUGGCCCGAGACGGAGAGACAGACGUAGAGGCGAGGCAGCUGAGCGCAGCGAGUCCGAACUGGCUCGUUCGCGCGUGGAAUGGGUUCCUGAGCGUGCUGGCGGGAGGACUGAGACAAGGGGACCCGCUCAUCAUCAACGGGGCUCCGGCCUCUAUUCCGAGGCCCCGUUCAUGGCGAAUCUCAUCGUCGACUUCUCCUCGGGGAUGAGUAGCGGGUGCAGCGCCUCCAUCAUCGGGGAUCAGUGGAUCCUCACCGCCGCUCACUGCAUCACUCAAGCGGGGAACACGGGGACCGUCCUGGCAAGCAAGGUGACGGUCCGCGUGGGGAAUGCGGAUCGGACGGUCGGAAGCGGCAUCUCGUCCACUUCCUUCAAGUAUCACUCCAAAUUCGACGGAUCGAACCUGCAGAAGGGGUACGACAUCAGCCUCAUCCACCUGCCGACGAGCCUCGCGUUCGGUACCACCGUCCAGCCCAUCGGCUACCCUACGUCGGACGACCUGGGGACGGCCGCGGCCGCAUGCGACAAGAAGGCCUACGGGUGGGGUUACCUCUCCAUCAAGGACCUCUUGAAGAGGAGAACCUCUCGAACGCUACAGAAACUGGACGUCACCGUGUCCGAUCGAGCUGCCAGGGAUUGCAGUGCCGUGGAUGGCAUUCACGUGUGCGUCUGGGGAACUCCCUCGUCUAGCGGGCCAUGCAAUUUUCAGACGUCCUUUCUCCAGUUGAAGAUCGGAAUGACGGCGAAGGAAGUGCUCGGAGCGAUCGCGUCUGCAAUAGCUUUCUCCUUGGUGGUUUUAUUUUUGCAUCGUCGAUUCCAGCCCGAAAAGGGAACGACUGUCGACUGCGAUGAGCCUUUCGCGAGCAACUUAUCGAAAGAGGGAGCGACGAAGGAGAUGAAAAUCGUGACCGCGAUCUGCGGAAGCAGACACCAGGACCUUCUGCUCACGUGGAUCCGGUCCCUCAUCGUCACGUCGAAUGAGCCGUUCCACAUCAUCGCGAUCGCGGAUGUGGAGGGGAAAUGCAGCGCGGCGUCGAAGGUGAGGCGGAUGCUGCCCGAGAGGGUCUCCAUCGAAUUCCGUCGGGUGAGUUACCCGAUGGAGCCGGCCUUGGAUUGGAAGCGGAUGUUCAAGCCGUGUUCGACAGCGAGACUGUUCACGCCCUCCAUCUUGCACGACGUGGAUGCCGUGGUGUACACGGACUUGGAUUUUCUUUUCCUCGCGCCCAUCGAAGAGUUGUGGAGUCACUUCCGGAGCAUGGACGGACGGAUGUACAUCGGGGCGGCGCAAGACAACGAGAAGGGCAGUUGCCUCGCGUAUUACUCCAUGACUCCCCUGCCGGCUCGGGGGCCGAUGGGAUUGAAUGCGGGCCUCCUGCUUCUCAAUCUCACUCGCAUGAGA